GGCGCAGCUGGCCAGGAGUCCGGCCAGCGGUCCCCGAGCCUGCGGUCGCAUCGGAGCCGCUGCAGCCACUACCACCGUUCACCAUGGGCCUGGGUUCCCGGCUGCUACCUCUCGUGCUUUGCGUGGGGCUCAGCGCGCUCCUACCUUAUGCGGGAGCCUCGGGCGUUCGCAAGCGAGGUCCCUCUGUGACGGCCAAGGUCUUCUUCGACGUGAGGAUUGGAGAUAAAGAUGUUGGCAGAAUUGUGAUUGGCCUCUUUGGAAAAGUUGUGCCCAAGACAGUGGAAAAUUUUAUCGCUCUGGCAACAGGCGAGAAAGGAUACGGAUAUAAAGGAAGCAAGUUUCAUCGUGUCAUUAAAGAUUUCAUGAUUCAAGGAGGAGACUUCACCCAUGGAGACGGCACUGGUGGUAUAAGCAUUUAUGGAGAGACUUUUCCAGAUGAGAACUUCAAAUUGAAGCAUUAUGGCAUUGGGUGGGUCAGCAUGGCCAAUGCUGGACCUGACACCAAUGGCUCUCAGUUCUUUAUCACCUUAACCAAACCCACCUGGUUGGAUGGCAAACAUGUAGUAUUUGGAAAAGUCAUCGAUGGAAUGACAGUGGUCCACUCCAUCGAACUGCAGGCAACUGAUGGGCAUGACCGUCCACUCACCGACUGCUCCAUCAUCAACAGCGGCAAGAUAGAUGUGAAAACGCCCUUCGUGGUAGAGGUUGCUGACUGGUGAUCCAGCUGGCAGAAAACAAAGAACAACACAUUCUGGUGGGGCGUGUGUGUGUGUGUGUGUGUGUGCACGUGCGCGUGCACAUACACCUGUCUUUUGAUUCCUCAAAGUUAGUGUUUUCCUCCGUUCUUUAACUUUCUUCUGUUUUCCACCCCAGAUCACAGGAGAGGUAGAAAAAUCAACCACUGAACAUUUAGUUCCCAUGAAUUUUGGUAAAUCACUUGUUGAGGAGCUUCCCACUUUAAGAUACAUAUCCUUUUCCUUCAAUGGUGCUAUUUAUAAACGAGCAAACUUUGUACUGGCUAUUUUCUUUUGAGAAACACCAUCAUUACUCUGCUGAAUUAAUCGUGAUCCCCAAAUUGAGUCAUGCUAACGAUUAUCUGAAGAAGAUGGGGACAAGAAGCUUAUUAUUUUGUAUUCAAACACAAAUUAAUUUCCAGGAAAGGGAGAUCUGAUUAGAAUUAUCUGAUGUAUGUCACAGGGACUUUUGCCUGAGAAAAGGUGCUUUGGUGUCCUCUAUUAUUAAAUACUUUUUACAUAGAGGAA